CCAGAGUUUACUGGUGUCUGUGCUGCUGGAUCGCUGGGAUCAGCCGCCUGGGCUGUAAAUGUCAUUGAGCCGGCCUCGCAGGAGUCUGACUGAAGGGAAGAAAGUGCUGAUAAUCUGUUACCUGACAGAGGUGUGUGUUGGACGAUGCAGCAGUUAGAUAAACUGGCGAGUCUGAGCCCCGCUGAACUGAGGCUGUUGAUCCGGCAGAAAGAUCCCAGGAUAGGAACCACAACCGGAUUAGCCCAUGGAUACCAGCAAGCCAACGUUGUCAUCGUUCCCAGUCAAGUAGCCGACGACUUUGAGGCGUUCUGUCGCAGCAACCCCGCCCCCCUGCCGCUCCUCUACCGCAGCCAAUCAGGAGAGACUUCCUGCCCACCUCUGGCUAAACAAGCAGACAUCAGGACGGAUAUUCCUCAGUACUGCGUGUACAAGAAUGGUCGACUGGUGGAGACGGUUUCCAGCCUGCAGAGUUACAGCGGUCAAUCAAGGACCGACUCAGCGCUGUCAGACAUGGUGACCUUCUACCUGGGCUGCAGCUUUGGCUUUGAAGGAAAACUAAAGAAAGCCGGAGUCCCUGUGAGGAACGUGGAGCAAGGCAGGAACGUCAGCAUGUACAGGACUGCAGUCCCCUGCUCCCCUGCAGGAGUCUUCAGCUGUCCUCUGGUGGUCACCAUGCGUCCGGUUCCAGCCGGUGUGUUGGACGCAGCGGUGGAGGUUACUCAUCUCAACCCGCUUGCACAUGGAGCUCCUGUUCACAUCGGAGACCCAGCUUUCCUGGGAAUAACAGACCUGUCCAAGCCGAGCUUCGGCGACGCCGUGGAGCUGCAGCCCGGUGACGUGACGGUGUUCUGGGCCUGUGGUGUGACGGCCAUCGAGGCGAUACGCUGCAGCGAGCCCGCUCUGGCCUUCAGUCACUCUCCAGGCCACAUGUUCCUGACUGACGUCCCAGACUCCGAUUCCUCCAUCGAGAUUCCUCCCUCCGACACCGGACCCAGUCCUGAGCUGACCCCCCUCUGCAUCCCCGUAUCCCACAAUCCCUUGCUGUACAGCCUGGUGUCCAAGGCGGCAGCGAAGCGGAUCAGACAGCUGGAGGUGAUAAUCGGAGACGACCCAGGUCAACGAGGCAUCAGAGCUUUAUUUGUUCAGGAUGAACUUCUGCGCUCCUGCCUGGCGCUCUCCCACUCCUCAUCUGUUGCUAUAACAACCGGAUUUCCGACACACUUUAUGCACAACCCCCCUGAUGAGACGGAUGGCCCGCCUGGAGCCAUUGCCAUGGCAACCAUGCUGCUGUCUCUCGGGAAAAAGGUGACAAUGUUGACGGACAGGAGAGCCGUGGAGAUGAAUCAGGCCAUCAUUGAUGAAGCAGUGAAGAACGGGGUGCUGAAAACUGCAUUGCCUUUGGUCACUUAUGAAGACAGUGGUCCUGACUCUGCACUGCACUUCCUGUGUCACCAUGGAGACCCCAGCAAACCCAGGUACGACCACCUGAUGGCGAUAGAGCGCAGCGGCCGGGCUGAAGAUGGGAACUAUUACAACAUGAGAGGAAUGAACAUCAAGCAUCUGGUGGAUCCCAUCGACGACCUGUUCACGGCUGCCAGGAGAAUCCCAGGAAUCACCACCACAGGAAUCGGCGAUGGCGGUAACGAGCUGGGGAUGGGUAAACUGAAGGAGAAGGUGAAGAGCCUGAUGCCCAAAGGAGAUCUGGUGGCCUGUGACGUUCCCGCUGACUACGCCAUCACAGCUGGGGUUUCUAACUGGGGCGGUUAUGCGGUGGCCUGUGGGCUGUACCUGCUGCACACCUGCCCGUCCCACCGGCGGUACCUGCAGAGGGGGCUGGGCCCGGAGCCAGGACCGCCCCGGGAGCAGCUGCUGGACUGGACCAGCAACCUGCCAUCUGUGGAGAAGGAGGAGUCCUUUCUAUCGACUCUGAUGCGUUUCGGAAUACGAAGUGGGAAAACCGGGAACCUGGCCAUGGAGGUGGACGGCCUGCCGUUUCACCCCACGCACUCGGACAUCAUCACCAGACUGCUGAAGGCGACGCUGGGCUCUGGUGCUCAGUGAAGCGGUGAAGUUAAAGCUGGGACUGGUUGAGGAUGCAGAAGCGGUCGGGGGGACUGAAAGGAGAGCACUGACCGCCCGAGGCUGCCCUGGUUACCUCGCAGACACUUC